UUGUGUGCGCCGAAAGCGUCGGGCGCAUCUCAUCAAAAGCCCACAUGCUUUCCCGUUGCGUCGUCCACGACGUCGAGCAUGAUCGGAUCCGCACCGUCCAUCCGGCGACCAAUCAGCGCGGCCGAGCAUUUACCGCCCCCACCGUCUUCUACGCGCGCGUGGAGCCCGUCGCAUCGCACGUGUCGAUUGGGGGGCACCUGACGUCACGAUCCGGGACGUCCACGGGGCUACUGUGACGCGCGGUGUGGAGGUGACGCCAUCGCGCGUACCCCAGUAUCGCUCUCUCUCUCUCUCUAUCUCUCUCUCUGCUGUUUGCCGUCACAGUGGCGGUGACGUCAUCUACCACGUGACCCCGGACAGCACCGCCUCCUCCGCCCCAUAUGAUCUUGUCUUCCUUACUCGCUUCUGAUGGUAUAAAUUGGACGGUUCGUCUCCGUCCCUCUCCAUCGAACCUCCUUUUCCGUUGGCUCUUCUUGGUGGGUGGUUCUCUUUGCGAUCUCCGGCGAUGGAGAUAGCGGCGAGCUCGACGCAGGGGGGACUGGGGUUGGGAGGGGCGCUGACGAUCGACGGGGGCGAAGCGCCAGAGAGGAGGAUGGAACGGCUUUUGAGGGAGAGCCCGGUGGUGGUGUUCAGCCGGCCAGGGUGCUGCAUGGCCCACGUCAUGCGGCGGCUGCUGGAGGCGGUGGGGGCACACCCCACGGUGAUCGUGCUGGAGGAGGGGGAGACCGCGCCGGGGCCGGCGGCGGCGGAGGUCAUGCCCGCGCUAUUCAUUGGCGGGGCGGCCGUCGGCGGCCUCGAGGGGCUCAUGGCGCUCCACCUCGGCGGCGGCCUCGUGCCGCUUCUCCGAGAGGCCGGCGCGUGACGCGGCCCGUCCAAGGCCAAUAUUGUAAAUUUACGAUAUUUCCCUCUUUUCCCUUCUAAAUUUGGGGGACUUGUAAGCCUCUUCCGAUGCUCAUAUUUGUUUACCGCGUCACCUGUAACUGCCUUGUGAGAGAAAGCUUGUGUGACUCACUUUUGGGGCCAUAGCUGGGUGAGUUCACAAGGCAGGUAGAUGAUAGGGUAAACGUCGGCGAGUAAGAAAAGGAAUUCAUGAUUGUAAAUACACGAGGGCGUCGUCGGGUGGCUUAAUAUGAAAUGGUGACAAAGGAAGGGUUUAAAGGGAAAAAAAGGGUUUAAAUCGUUUAAAGCGUUUAUUUUCCUAU